AUAUAUGAAUAAACUAUUUUAUAUUUUAUUUAUAUGUUAUAUAAAUUGAUUAUGAUGUGUGAUUUUUUUUAUUUUAUUAUUUAUUACUUAUAAAUAUUAAAAAUAUGGAAUAUGUUAAUAUGGAAUAUAUUAGGAAAUUUAUUUUGGUUAUGAUUUGAUAAAAGAAAUCUAUUAUUUAAAUUUUGGAAAGACUUUAAAUGCUUAAAUCUAUUAUUUAAAUUAGGAAAAGACAAACAUGCUUAAAUAUAUGUUCAAUAAAUAUUUCAGUGGCAUUUUAAUGUAAAUAAGUUGUAAAACUAAGGAGUAUUUCUAUUUGGUACUUCUCUUUUAAUAGUAUACUAGUAUAUUUCACCCGAGCAAAGCUCGGGUAUUUAAUUCAUUGUUCUUUUUUUCUUAUCUUUAAUUGAUAACAAAAACCUUUUUUUAGUUUAAUUUAGUAAAAGUAAAUUUGAAUAAUCGGAAGAAAAUAAAUUAUGAUAACAUGAUAUUUAAGUAUAUUAAAAAAUUGCAUACUUUAGAUAGUAUACUUGGUUGACCAAUAUUAUUGUAGAUGUAAGCAUACUUAAAUAAUUAUUUAUAAUAUUUUAUUUUUGUUUUAACGAAUUCACCUCAAUCAUAUCUAGAUAUAUUUAUAUAUGUUAAUCCUAUGAUAUUUAUUAUAUAAAUUACUGUCCAAAAUUAGUCAUUUAAGAGUUUUACCAAUUCGAUAUUUAAUAAUUGGUCAGCCAUACAAUGUUUACAACACUAACUAUUGUUUAAAAAGAAACAAAUUUAGUGGUCAAGGUUUUGUUAUAUGCCUACUUUGAAUAAUUAAAAGGUUUUGCAUCUGACCUAUUGAUCAAAACAUGAACAGGAAUGUGGGUUGAGAGUCUUCGUGUAAGUUAUCUCCUUUCCCUUUAAUUCUUCUUCAAUCGUUGUCGACUUCAAUUUAAAUUAUUUGUUUUAAGCUGAGAAUCAUUUUCUACAUUGAAAACAGUAAUGAGAAAAGUGAUGAUUCCUCUGAAAAAAAAAAGAAAUAAAAAACAAAAACAUAAGGAAUGCAAACUGUACAACAAAACAUAAUUAAUUGCUGGAAUUAAGAUACUUUAUCACUUAUUCAUUUACUAUACAGCCACCAUCAGAUUGAAAAUUCGUCCAGAAAAGAAAAAGAAAGAUGAGGAUAGGAUGUUAUCAAUAUCAAAAUAAAAUUAUGGGAGAGAUGAAAGCAUCAGUUACCUCAUGGAAGAAAUUAAACUGUUUGAAACCAUUUAAUAAACAAAUUUGUUGAAUAACUGAUUUUAAUGUAGGAUGAGGAGGUGGAGAUCGUGGCAAAGAAUACAAAAAUUUUGUUCUUUUUUUCGUUGGAAAUAUAGAUGUCAAAAACUGCUUUGUUUCAAUUUUUUUUAACUUUUUUGAUAAAUGAAACUUAAAACAUGUGACAAAAUAGGAUUGGUUGUGUGACUUGUGAUUUAGUAUAUAAGGGAUAUAUGCACACUUUACUAAUUUUAUGGCAAAAUUUGUAUAUUCACCUAAUUAUCCCAAAACAAAAAGCUCUAGUUCGUGAUGCAAUUAAUUUUCAGUCAUUGGGAUUGUUGUGGAGUAGAUAAGAACUGCUCACUAAAAAUUGUUCUUAUAGUUAUUUUGAGUACAAAAUAGACGGCGCACGUAAUAACUCGUAGGCAGUUCAUAAAUUGUCUGCAUCUUGAAAAUAUCUAAGAAGUCAAAAAGAAAGCUAUCUCCUCCCAGGAGACACUGCUAUUCUCACUUUUUUUCCCGUCUUCUUCCGCACCAAGAAAAUCUACUUCAUCCCCCUAGCCUCGCAUGAAAAAAGAACUUUGAAAGUAAUUUAUCAGGUCAUUUCUGUUUGUUAUUUUUUUUCUUUUUUUUUUUGCUCUGAGUUGAACGUUGAGAUCUCUGAUUUAUUCCUCUAAAAUUCAGGGUUUAGACAUUAGACAUGGAUGAUGAAAUCUCUGCCAAAGAAAAACAGAGCAUCUCUGACAGGAUAAGCAACUUACCUGAUUUGUUGCUAUGUAAAAUACUCUCUAACCUCUCCACGGAGGAAUCGGUCUGUACCAGUGUGUUGUCAAAACGUUGGAGAAAUCUCUGGCCACAUGUUCCUGCUCUGGAUUUAGAUUCCAAUAAAUUCUCAGACGAUGAUGUUUUUGUGGGUUUCAUUGAUAAGUUUCUGUGUUCCGACAGUGAGCAACACUUGAAGAGAUUCAAGUUGAUCUACCAGGUUUAUGACCAUGAUGCAUCUCGUUUCAAGUCUUGGAUCGAUGCUGUUGUAAGGCGUAGAGUUUGUCAUCUUAAUCUUCAUAAUGAGGUUGAUGAGGACGAGUUAGUUAAGAUGCCUUUAUCUCUCUAUUCAUGUGAGACAUUGGUGAACAUACAUCUCUACCGCGUAUUCUUGGAUCAUCCUGAAUCUGUUUCGUUGCCAUGUGUCAAGAUUAUGCAUCUAGAGAUGGUCAAGUACGAUGGUGAUUCGACUCUGGAAACUCUGAUAUCAAGUUGUCAUGUUCUCGAGGAGUUAACCAUAGCCCGUGAUCCCAAUGAUUCUCUGGAAGCUGUGUGUGUGCGUUCCCAUUCGCUAACGAGAUUCAAAAUAGAAUGUGAGCGUUGGGAAAGUGAAGGUCAUGUUGUUGCAAUUGAUGCUCCAAGACUCCAGUCUAUGACACUUAGUGAUCACCGAUCUGACAGCUUCGUAAUACACAACAUUGGUCCCUCUGCAAAGGUAGACAUUGAUGUUAUCUUUAAUGUGGAAUAUUGUGAGCCACUGGAACCAGAUGAUUCGUCCAAGAUAUCUAUGCUUGGUAAAUUUCUUACCGGGUUAUCUACAGUAAGCGAGAUGAUCAUCUCUGCUGCUACUCUAGAGGUUAUUCAUGAUUUCUGCAAAAUGGAACAGCUACCUCAGUUCCCUAACUUGACUCGCUUGCAUGCUUCCUUCCAAGAAACAUCGUGGGAAAUGUUACCAACAUUCCUUCAGAGCUGCCCAAAUGUACACUCGGCCGUCUUGGAAUUUGAUUGUCUUCCAGAAACAGAGCAGGUUGAUCUUUCAACAGUGCCACAAUGUUUCCAAUCAUCUCUUGAGUUUGUUCAUCUGAAGACACCUUACGUUGUAAACAUACAAAAGGAAGGGACACCACUCACGGGAACAUCAAGUAAGAUGAAAUUAGCAAAAUACUUUCUAGAGAAUGGUUCAUCUCUCAAGAAACUGACACUAAGUGCGAGUUUCUGUAACAUCAUCAACGAAAUCAAAUUGAUCCCGAGAAGAUCUAUGAGGUGUCAAGUUGUCAUGGAUUAGGAGAGCCAGCUUUCAAGGCCGUCUCUGAUAAUAUCCUUUUUUGUAUGCAAUGGCAUUAAAAUUAAGGUUUGUUUCCAGCCAUUAGGCCAACCAAUAAUCCUAUUUUGAGCUAUUUGGUACCUUUUUGUGUUCUCAGGUUUUAUCUUUUGUAAUUCAAGAAAACAUGUUUUUUUCAAGAAUAAGCUGUCAGACGAAUGUGGAGUCCGUAGAGACUCACAGACGAUGACUGUUGAGGUGUUACAUAAACGGUACUUAAUAUGCAAUUCUAAUUUAUUUACUUUACGUAUAUCACUCGCUUAACUUAUCAAUUAUCAAAGAAAAUAUUGAAAAGCAUAUACAUUAUCAUAAAAGUCAAGUAAAAAAGAUAGAACUAAUCAAUGAAUCAAGGACGUCAAUAAAGUAGGAAACACAAAAAACAAGCAAGGAAGUACGAAUUAAGUGAUAAAAUAAGAAAGCAAGUACACAAUUAAGUAUGCAUGACAUGUUAUAAUGUACACAAUUAAUAUGAAGGUAUACGAGUAAGUAGACACCUAUGUAUGCAUGUUAUAUAUGCGUAGAGAAGUCAAAUUGAGCUGUCCGCCUCCAAAUGGCUCGACCUGUUGCAUGUAUAGUUUUUAUUGGGUUGACUGCCUAAUCCCCUCUGUAGGAUACUAUUGUGAUAUAUUGUUAAAAUACGCUUGUAUAUUUUUGUUUUGACCAAAACCGUUUAUUUGUAUGGGAUUUGACGUAGGUUGUUGGUAAGAUAUGAUUUAGUCCUUUGCGAGGAACAGGUGUUUUAGACUUUAGUUUUAAGAACUUGCAUGUUUUUUCUCAUGACUGUUUCUUACAUUGUUUCAAGUGUUUCCUAGUUUGCCGAGUUUGUUUACUUUAAUGCUCUACAUCAUUUAAUGCCUGUUUUAUAAAGUAGGUUGAUCAAUACUUCUCCUGCAACCAUGGACGCGUUGCCGGAACACCUGCGUCGCAAAUGACCCAUGAACAAACUAAAUUGUCUUUCUGUGUGUGUUUGUGAUGCAAUGCUUAGAGUGGGAGGUGCCGCUGUGUUUUUGUUUGUUUAUGGUUUUUGGGUUCUUCAUGGUCCAUUCCAGCUUUUUGAAGAUUUUUUCUCUUCACCAUUGUUUCAUAAACCCUUACGGUUUGGCAGAAAAGUGUGUGUGGUUGUUCUUCACCAUUGUUCCCUUACACUUUGAUCCUCUGUUUUGGCCAAUUUUUACGACUGCUAGAGAGGGAUAAUAUGCUUCGCUACCAUUUCUAACUUUUUUUUUUUUUUUUUUUUUUUGUAACACAUUCAUUCAUUCAUUCAAACUUUAAAGACCCCUAAGGGUUGAGUUCAAUACAAUAGUUUCAAGGC